AAGUCCGAUAUUGAUCUUCUUGUUCUUUUAUCAUGAUUGCUCUCUCUCUCUCUCUCUCUCUCUCUUUUCUUGUUCUUCUUUUUGAUCUCUUUUACUAUGCUUUCUAUUCAGGUAUUUUUUUCUUUUAUUCAGUAUAGUCUAUUCAAAAAGAAAUAAAAAAAGAGAGAAAGAAAGGAGAUAAAGUAGUAACACAAGUUACACGAAUUGGAUGAAGCACUUUUUUUUUUUAUUAUAUAUAUAUAUUUUUAUUUUCGCCCCUUUUCCCUUCUCUUUUCUUAUUUUAAUACGCGCGCGUUUUUAUAAAUACCACAAAAAAUGCAGUCUAUUAAAUGUGUUGUUGUUGGUGAUGGUGCUGUUGGUAAAACUUGUUUAUUAAUUUCAUACACAACAAAUGCUUUCCCCGGUGAAUAUAUUCCUACAGUAUUUGACAACUAUUCUGCUAAUGUUAUGGUUGAUGGUAAACCCAUUAAUUUGGGUUUAUGGGAUACAGCAGGUCAAGAAGAUUAUGACCGUCUUCGUCCUCUUUCUUAUCCUCAAACGGACGUCUUUCUUAGUUGCUUUUCACUUGUAAGCCCUCCAUCAUUCGAAAAUGUCCGCACAAAGUGGUACCCUGAAAUCAGUCAUCAUGCACCUAAUAUUCCUAUUAUUUUGGUGGGUACCAAAUUGGAUUUACGUGAAGAUCGUGAUACAAUUGAGAGAUUGAAGCAAAAGCGUAUGGCACCUAUUUCUUACCCUCAAGGUGUGCAAAUGGCAAAAGAUAUUGGAGCUGUUAAAUACCUUGAAUGUUCUGCACUUACUCAAAAGGGUCUUAAAAACGUGUUUGAUGAAGCCAUUCGAGCUGUCUUGUCUCCUCCUGUGCGACCUAGAAAGAAGAAGGGUUGUUUGAUCUUGUAAUUUACUCUAUUUACUCUUUAUUUUUCUCUUUCUUUCUU